AUGGUCAGAGUUGCUAUUAACGGUUUCGGUAGAAUCGGUAGAUUAGUUAUGAGAAUUGCUAUGCAAAGAAAGGACGUUGAAGUCGUUGCUAUCAACGAUCCAUUCAUCGGUGUUGACUACGCUGCUUACAUGUUCAAGUACGACUCUACUCACGGUAGAUACGCUGGUGAAGUCACCCACGAUGGUCAAAACAUUGUUGUUGACGGUCACAAGAUCGAAAUUCACCAAGAAAGAGACCCAGCUAACUUGCCAUGGGGUAAGUUGAACAUCGACAUUGCUAUCGACUCCACUGGUGUCUUCAAGGAAUUGGACACUGCUCAAAAGCACAUUGACGCUGGUGCCAAGAAGUGUGUUAUCACUGCUCCAUCUGCCACCGCCCCAAUGUUCGUCAUGGGUGUUAACGAAGACAAAUACACUUCCGACUUGAAGAUUGUUUCCAACGCUUCUUGUACCACCAACUGUUUGGCUCCAUUAGCUAAGGUUAUCAACGACAACUUCGGUAUCAAGGAAGGUUUGAUGACCACUGUCCACGCUACCACUGCUACCCAAAAGACCGUCGAUGGUCCAUCCCACAAGGACUGGAGAGGUGGUAGAACUGCUUCUGCUAACAUCAUCCCAUCCUCCACCGGUGCUGCUAAGGCUGUCGGUAAGGUCUUACCAGAAUUGCAAGGUAAGUUGACCGGUAUGGCUUUCAGAGUCCCAACCGUCGAUGUCUCCGUUGUUGACUUGACCGUUAACUUGGCCAAGGAAACCACUUACGAUGAAAUCAAGAAGACCAUCAAGGCUGCUUCUGAAGGUAAGUUGAAGGGUAUCUUGGGUUACACUGAAGACUUGGUUGUUUCCUCUGACUUCUUGGGUGACUCUCACUCUUCCAUCUUCGAUGCCGAUGCUGGUAUCCAAUUGACCCCAACCUUCGUCAAGUUGGUCUCCUGGUACGAUAACGAAUACGGUUACUCUACCAGAGUUGUCGACUUGGUUGAACACGUUGCCAGAGCUUAA